AUGGCGAUCGAGUACGCACUCCGGAGCCAGACCGUCUGGGUUACCGUCCUGGCCUUGCCCGUCGCCGGUGGCAUAAGCCUGUGCAAGUUCCUAACCUCGCUGAGGAGCAUUUCACUCAUCUGUAAAUGGGGGCCUGUAUUUACCUAUUGCAAUAGUGUCCCCUCUGUCACGUUGGCUGACUGUGACCAGCUCUUUUCUGGGUCAGGAUGCAUAAACCCGUCACCUGUGUGUUGGCCAGAGGAAGGAAGGUGCAGGACCAGCGGAAGGUGGGCUCCUCUACACACAGGACCUCUCCCUCCCGGUUCCACCCACCCCCCGUGGCAGAGCUGCUCCCAGCAGGACCCCAGCUUUCUCCUGCUGCCUCAUCACAAAACACACUCAGCUUCACACAGUAGCGCAGAUUGGAGUAACGUGUGCCAUAUUGGGACUCUUGUAACAGCUAGAAGUCCUGCGAAGAAACCGCUCACUGUUUCCUCACCUGGCUCCAACCCCAGGAGAUCAGCUCUGGUUUGUGUCAGUGGCAGGAAGUGGACAAGGUACAGUCUAGAUGUCUCUCUAGCAGCUCCGCGAGGUGGCCAUUCCUGCUCAAGAGGGAACUUAAGCCCAAAGAAGUUCAAUGAUUCAUGCAAGAAGAAGUUAACUGGGCAACAGUCACAGCAGAUACCCUCCCAGCAGUUUUGCUGUCUCGGGCACAUAUCGACACACGCCGGUAAUGGGAGCAUAUUAGAGCAGCAGUACUCUGAGGAAUCCGUCCGGCUUUUAAAUGUGGUUCCAUUAUGGCAUUACGCGGCGCCUCCGAGUCCCAUGGCCACGUACAGAGGAUAGGAGACGUGACCCAAGGAACUCGGGCAAAAUGACAAAGGAGACCAGUCAGGCUCUGUGGCAGCAGAUAACAUUUUCUUCUUCCAACAAACCACAGAGCCUUUUAAAAAACAAAUAGAAUAAUGAUGUGGGCGAGAAGUACCCCUCCCUGGGAUCAGCAGAUGGAGAGGAAGAAAGUAGAAAGCAGGUGAAUUGCCAAAAAAAAAGGCAGGAAAGUGAAAAACAUUAAAAUUUCAGAGUUAAUUAUAUACCACUGCUCAAGAAAUGAGAGAUAAGAAGCCAGAAAAAUACUAAUUUAGUGAAGGUUGAACAAACAAUUCUUCUCCCAGAGGCAAAGAAAGGAAGGAGCAAGCAUUUCUAAACUCUGGCGAUUACACAGAUGGCAGAAAGAAUAAAGACGAAAUUUCAUUGACGACGCAAGCCCACAUAAUAAGGGAGAGUAUUAGGAAGACAACGGCAGUCUGAAGUGUUUACAGUGUUGAGUGCAGCAACAGCUCAGCAAGCACGUAGAACGCAUUAUCUGAGUUGUGAAAAAUUACCCUCAGAAAUCAUGGAAAUUAAUCCAGAAGUUAAACAUUUAUUAAAAACAAGAUUAGAGAUUACAGGAGAAAGGUCGAGUCUGAAGGGUCAACGAGAGCUGCCAUUAGCUGGUUUCUGCACCGCCCGCCAAGUGGGUUGUGUUUGAUUGGGAGCGCAAGGUCCAGAUGGAAGUGGAGCUUCUGGGGGCCCCAUCCUCUCGGGGGGCCACCAGUCUGUGCACGGGGAAAUCGCCAUUGGUGUCAGCCGUUCUUGCAAAAAGCGGAUGAUGCAACGAGAACUCCUGACCCCUGAUCCCUCCGGGACGUUCGUAACCUGGGGAGGGAAGUCAGCCUCUGGGUGGCUUGAGUACUGGACAACAUUCAAAAUUGAACCCAGCCCCUUCCAGCACUAGGCUGCCAAGGUAUUGACUCCAAUGCCCAGGUGAAUGAAGCACUUUGCUGUGGGUGGCAGAGUUUUGCCUCCCAUCCUUUUUUGUCAAAAGCGUCAAGCAAACAGGAAAGAUCAUUUGAAUAGACAAGGGAGAGUCCGUCUGACGUGUUUCUUAGCACAGCACUGGAAACGAGGGAUGUUGCAGGAAUGUGCACAGAGCCAUUCUGUGGGUGCAGGUGAAGAAGAGGUUUUCUUGAUGACUAAUGAGUUUGUACCAUACACCCCUCUGCGUGUGAGUUCUUUCCACGCCAAGAGUGAGAUUCACCUAGUGUCAGGUCCUCUUGAAACUGCAAAAAUGUGAAUGGCCCAGAAUCCUCAGGUAGUCAAGAGAGAAACAAAAAGGAAAUUUUCCUGUCCUUCUACUUUGGUCUAAUUUAUUUUCUUGUGGGUAUGCGUUACCGGCUCCUUCCCCCUAGAACUCCAUGAAUUUGGACAUAUAUAAAAAUUUUACAUGACCCAAAUUUUCAUCAGGAAAAGAAAUAAGAUUCAAAAGAAAAAAAAAAAUCCAUCCCCU